AUGUCGUUCGUAAACUAUCUCAGAGGCCCAACUGAAAACAAGACGGUUCCACAGGAGCCGCCUAUUGACAGGUACAAAUCGGCCAACAGCUUCCUGGAUCUUUUCUCACAAAGGGGAAAGCUUGUGGUGGUGACAGGAGCCGCAGGAGCCAUUGGAGGGGCCAUUUGCGAGGGGUUUGCGUCCGUGGGUGCAGACUUGUGUGUGCUGGACUACAAGUACGACGCUGAAUUGGCCAAAUACCUGGCCGAGAAAUACAAUAUUCAGGCCAAGGCCUACCAGGUUGAUAUCACGAAGCCGGAGGAUGUGGAGGCCUGUGUUGCGGCUAUGCAAAAAGACUUCCCAGGACGGGACAUUGAUACUUUCAUCGCAAACGCUGGUGUCGCUUGGACCCAUGGCAGUAUCUUGAGUGAGGAUGCCACGCCCGAUGCCUGGAAACGGGUCAUGGACGUCAAUGUCCAGGGUACUUUCCAUUGCUCUAAAUACAUAGCCAAGGUUUUCAAAGUGCAAGGGCAUGGUUGUCUGAUUCUCACGGCCUCAAUGUCAUCGCAUAUCGCGAACGUGCCCAACUACCAGACAUGCUACAAUGCCUCGAAGGCUGCCGUGAGACACAUGGCCCGUGGAUUUGCCGUCGAAUUUGCGCAUUUAACAGAUCCUGCAGGUCGCAUCCGUUGUAAUUCGGUAUCUCCAGGAUAUACUGAUACCAUCCUGAGCUCUUUUGUUCCUACUGAACAAAGAGCCCAAUGGUGGGGAUUGACUCCACAAGGCCGGGAAGCCCUCCCUCAAGAACUAGUCGGCGCUUAUCUAUAUCUGGCUUCUGACGCUGCCACAUUCACGAAUGGAUGUGAUAUUACCGUGGACGGCGGUUACACUUGUGUAUAG